AUGCAGCGCAUGGGCUUCACUCAGGAUGCUCGUGAGACAUUUUCGAUUGCGUCGACAGGGAGUACUUUGAAUGUGCUUUCCGCUGUGCACGGCUUGUCAUCUUGUGGGGAUGACCAGGAAGCGGUCUUAUUUUGCCGUGCCUUCGGGACGCACCUGGAGUUGGGCUCCGUUGAGGGCGGUGGGAAUGAUUUGGAUGAUGUGUCUGCUGUUGUGAAUCUCUAG